AGUCAUUCACAAAGUUUACUUAGCGAUUGAAACUGGAUUAACUGUUUAUCUAGCAUUUAACUUAUCAGGAGCAACUUGUAUCAAUAAAAUAAAGUAGUAAUAGAUCUAAUGUUCAGAAUUUUAUUUUUGAGACACGUGGAAGUGAAGUGUGUGGCUCGAUUUAGUCAGUUGUGCUCUCGAUAAGUCGGUGUCGUGUGCAACUAAGCCAGACAGACGCAACAGACACGCGUGUGACAAUUACAUUAAGUAAUAUUAAUCAUAAGUGUGAUCUACACGUGAAAACAUUAAAAAUUUAGUGUUUUUUAAACUAUAAACAAAAAACAAUGGACAAUUAAUGUUAAACUGUAAAUUUGGUGAUUAUAGUAACAAUACAUAAACAUUAAACUUUACUAAAGUAAUAAAAAUUAGUGCAACAUUUAUUUCCUGGUGUAAAAGUGAAUAAUAUUCAAUAAAAAUGAAUUUGUCGGAAAUAACCGAAGCGACACCUAUGUCACAACGAAGUAAACCAACACAAGAAAUCCAUCGCAGCGCGCAAGUAACCUCGACAAAAAAGCAAUCGGUUAAAGAAUGGCUGCAUGAUUUACAACCCCUGCAACUUUAUGUCAUCCUGGCAUUGACGACGUGUUUCUUCGCCGCUGAACUCUUCGUUGCGCAUAUUACGCAUGCGCUUACGCUGCUCAUGGACUCAUAUCACAUGCUAUGCAAUAUAAUCGCAUUGACUGGUUGCAUAAUCACUAUCAAGCGUGGAAAAUCAGACGUAGCUGAUAAUACUAAUGAACCGCCAAGUCUUGCGUCCUCAGUGGGAGAUGUUACCACUAGCGAACUGACAAAAUGUCAGGAUAAAAAGAAACAUAAAAUCACACAACGCGGCGCACAACGUGAACGAAAACUGAGGAAUACUUUCGGCUGGACAAGAAUCGACGUCAUUGUCAUGUUAAUCUGCUGCGUGUUUCUUGCUUCUUUGAGUUUUUCACUUGUAGUCGAAGCACUGCAGACCCUGUUUCAUAUUGAUCAUCAACACGAAGUCCACGAGCCUAUUUUUGUUGUCUGCAUUGGUGCAACCGGUCUACUCCUAAACGGAAUCUGUUACCUCCUCAUAGGAGGAUUUACUUUCCAUCAAGGAUCAUUUUUAUAUGUGACUGAGAGUGGUGAUGUUGUUCUGGACCGUGUGGUCACCCACGAUUCAGUCCACAAAGGACAACGGCGUCUGAGCAGCACGAAACGUCAACAGAUCAAACCGCAAUACCGACAGAGACAAGGAUGUCGAGAAAUGAUGCGUGAUGUCAUCGGAAGUGUUUUCGUCAUCAUCUGUGGCUUAGCUACGUUUUUAACUGAAUCACACGUGGCGAAGUUCGUUGAUCCACUGCUCGCCAUUUUGUCAUCCACCAUGUUGAUGUACUUUAGUUAUCCCUACAUGAAAGAAAGUGGAUUGAUUCUGUUGCAAACUAUCCCUGGAAGUAUCAACAUUGAUUCAAUCAAGACCCAGUUGAUUGAUCACUUCCCAGAUAUCAUCAAUGUGCAUGAUCUUCAUGUGUGGCAGAUGACAGCAACUAAAGUGAUAUCCACAGCGCAUAUUAUUUUUCAAAACCCGAAGGGUUAUCAUAGGAUUAUUGAUGAGGUUAGAAUGGUUUUUACUGAACAUGGCAUAACGCAAGUUACAAUCCAACCGGAGUUUUUCAAAGCUGCUAGUGUGGAGAGUUUGGAGGAAUCGACGAAAAGUCCACUUUGUUUGGUUAAGUGCACGGAUGAGGCUUGUUUGAGUAGUUAUUGUUGUCCAACUGAACAUUUACAGUUACAAGGAUGGAAAAGUCGUGAAGUCCUCACAAGUGUCUCCACAACUUCAUUAAACAAAGAUGCUGAAACACCCCAAGCGUCACAAGCAUCACCAGCGUUGCCAGAAGUACCAGAAUCCAUUGAAGUCCCAUCAACAGUGACAACAACCGAACAAUAAUAGCCAUAAAAUAUAUUCACGUGUAUAUAAUAACUGAGUCAGUAGAAAUUAAGACAAAAACGAGUGAAAACAACGAAAAUAAGACAAUAAGUGAGGUUAGAUUUAAGUUUUAAUACUUUUUAUAAUAUAUGACAAGGUUUUUAACCUCAAAUUUGUGACCAAAAGAUAUAUUACGACUAAAAUGAACACAUUCCAGUUUGUAUAAUGAUUAUAAUGAUUCUUUACUAAUUAUUAACGCUAAUAAAUAUUAUUUAAGUUGUAUUAAA